AACUUUGGCAGGAGGUUGUUUAAACACGCUUUUCCAGCUCACGCACACACAAGCCUAGACACAAUGCUUCUACAGAGCCUAUGGGACUUCAUAUUGGGGUAUCAUGCGUGGCUCAGAUCGCCUUUCUUCCCUGUACUUUUCUCUCUCAGCGUCUACCUCGCCUUCUGCCUGCCCUUCGUGGUGCUGGACCUCCUCUCUCCCAGGCUGGCCUGGAUCAGGACCUUUAAGAUCCAGCAGAAAAGCCACGUCUCCUGGACUAUGAUGUGGAGCUGCCUGGCUCACUCCCUCUACAACCAUGUGGUGUUCCUCUUCCCUCUCACUGUGCUGCACUGGUACUGGAGACCAGCCAGCUUCAUAGCCGAGGCCCCCGGGACGUUGCGUCUCAUCUGGGACGUGGUCGCCUGCCUCCUGCUCUUCGACUUUCAGUCCUUCAUCUGGCAUCUGCUGCACCACAAGGUGCCCUGGCUGUACCGGACAUUCCACAAGGUGCACCACAAGCACACGACAACCUUCGCCCUGACCACUGAGUACUCUGGGGCCUGGGAGACCCUGUCUCUGGGCUUCUUCGCAUCGGUCAACCCUCUACUGCUGGGCUGCCACCCCCUAACGGAGAUGCUCUUCUAUGUACUGAAUAUCUGGCUUUCUGUGGAGGACCACUGUGGCUAUGACCUGCCCUUGUCCACGCAUAGACUGGUGCCCUUUGGGCUCUACGGUGGAGCUCCUCACCAUGACAUGCACCACCUGAAGUUCAAAUCCAACUACGCUCCGUACUUCACACACUGGGACAGGCUUUUUGGGACCUUGCACAAGAGCUCGGACUGAAUUUUUGCACAGAAGAAAGUGCAAAUGGACAUGUUGAAUAUCUUUUAUGUUAAAAGGAUUGGGGAUGCCGGAUGUAGGCUCUUUGUGAUGUAUUGUAUCAUAUGCUGAUGUUAUUUAUCAUAUUUAAGAUAGAGCUGUCUUUAAUCAAAGUAUUUAUUUAAUCGAAUGGGUUAUUUAUAAUAGCAGAUUUUCUAUGACUCUUGUAUAUGAAGGUUAUCUCUAAAGAUUCAUGCUAUGGACUCUAUGAUUUACAAACAUAUAUUGUUGUAUGUGGAUCAGUUAUAGGUCACAUUUCAAAACUGAAAACAUUAACCAGUUAAGGCCUUUGAUGCCAGUUAUUGAAUUUGACUGGGAUUGAAUGACUGAAGACUAUUGUAAAUGUUUGUGUUGACUUCUCAGUGCUACUGGGUGAGCAUCACUGAACAAAAUGUUCAGCUGUUUUAAGCUGUUUUAAGCUGUAUGCAUUAUUAAAAAAGGGAUAAACCCCUCAUUUUUGUUACAUAACAAGAAGCAAUAAAAGUCAUAUCAGAAAUCUA